AUGUUUGAGUUCAAAGUUCAAGGUGUUUUUGACAGUGGCAGCUUGUUGGAGCUUACAUAUAUAUGUACAGCAAAAGCAUCCGGAAUUCUGACCAGAAUGAGCACCUCCACUGAAGACCACUGUAACUUCUUAAAAGCUGGUAGAGUUUCAACAUCCCAAGACCAGCAUAGUCACGGUGGAGGACAAGGACACAGCCACGGUGGAGAACAUGGUCACACACAUGAAGCAAUGGAGAGUCCUGGCACGUACAUUGAGCGUGAUCAACCUAAGUACAGAUCUGAUUUCAAACAAAGGGCAUUUACUGUAGGGAUAGGUGGUCCUGUAGGUUCUGGGAAGACAGCUCUGGUCCUGGCCCUCUGCAAUCUGCUCAGAGACACACAUGGAAUAUGUGUGGUAACCAAUGACAUCUUCACAAGGGAGGACUGGGAGUUUCUCACCAGACACAAAGCUCUACCAGAUGGUAGAAUGAGGGCUGUGGAGACUGGUGGAUGCCCUCAUGCUGCUAUUAGAGAGGAUUACUCACUUAACAUGGAGGAAGUGAAAGAGUUAACAAGACAACACCAUCCUGAGAUGGUUUUUAUAGAAUCUGGAGGGGACAACUUAGCUGCUAAUUUCAGUCGAGAGUUAGCUGACUACAUCAUAUAUGUCAUAGAUGUCGCAGGAGGUGACAAGAUUCCAAGGAAAGGAGGGCCAGGAAUUACACAGAGUGACCUCCUAAUAGUCAAUAAGACUGACCUGGCUGAGGCAGUUGGAGCAGACCUUCAGGUUAUGAGACGAGAUGCUGAUAUGAUGCGACAGAGUGGACCUACCCUGUUCACCCAGGCAAGACACAAUGUGGGCAUACAGGAUGUGGCAGACCAUAUCCUCAAGUCAUAUAAACAAGCACUUAGUUAACUUUAGAACUCAAUGCUGUAGUUAUAAAGUGAUCCAGUGAGAUGAAGUGACUAAAUGAUAUUGAAUAGCAGACAAAGGCAUUGAUGACUGUGAAAGAAUGGGAAAAUCUAUGGUGUCAUUCUAGAAACUGUACUUGUCUUGACAUAGUGAUAAUAAAUACAGUGGAAAUGAGAUUACAAUACUUUGUGAAAAGAAAAGACAGGUGUUUUACAUUUUUCAUGACCAUUUAUGGUUGAUCUGAACUUUGUUAUCAGCAGCAAAAGGAGUAAAAGCUCUCUUUCCAUUGUCUUUUACAUGGUCUGUGUUUGCCAAACUAGCUCAUUUCCUUAAAAAAGUCAGUUGACAUUCUGGAUGCAUUGGAAUAGAAAAGGGUUGGCUGAAUUUCCUUAUAGCAUAGACCCUGAAUGGUUCCAUGCCAGUAUCUUAUUUGCACUUUAGUUCUCCAUGUAUGUACUGACACACUGUUAAAACAUUGCAGUCAAUCGGGAUCAAUCCUAUUUCCCUGUUCUCAUUUUUAUUUUUAUAUAUGUAAUGCAAAACAUCUAAAUGAUCAAAAUAAAAUGAACAAAGCAACA